AUGUCUCAGAUCGUCGAAAUUCCACAGGAAUUGAAGGAUAGCCUGCGAAAGUUUCGGUUCGCAAGGCGAAACGCGGGGAGCGCGGCUCUCGUAGUGAAAAUCAACAAGCAGACGUUGAAGAUGGAAGAGGUUGAGCAGUUUGAUAACAUUUCUAUGGAAGAUCUUGCAGAAGAGCUUCCCGACGCAAGUCCCCGCUAUGUGGUCUUGUCCUAUGAAUUAAAACAUGACGAUGGGCGUACUUCAUUCCCUUUGGUGUUAAUCAACUGGACACCCCAGGGGUCUGAAACUGGGCUGAUGACUCUACACGCAAGUGCCUUGAUCGCAUUCCAGAAUACGGUCGAAGUCAGUAAAGUUGUGGAAAUACGAGAUGGCUCCGAGGGCCUUACGAAGGCUGUAAUUGAUGCAAAGCUACAUUCCAGGUAA